ACCGCCACCCACAAGAAUCAAUCGUCUUCCCGUGAUCCCAUUCCGUCGUAGGCUCGUACUAGAUGGAGGGGUGUGACCGGAUCAGGGGCCCCUGGAGCCCGGAGGAGGACGGCGCGCUGCGGCGGCUGGUGGAGCUCCACGGCGCGCGCAACUGGACGGCCAUCGGCCGCGGGGUGCCCGGCCGCUCCGGCAAGUCCUGCCGCCUGCGGUGGUGCAACCAGCUCUCGCCCGGGGUGGAGCGCAGGCCCUUCACGGCCGAGGAGGACACCGUCAUCGCCCGCGCCCACGCCCGGAUCGGCAACCGAUGGGCCGCCAUCGCGCGCCUCCUCCGCGGCCGCACCGACAACGCCGUCAAGAACCACUGGAACUGCUCCCUCAAGCGCAGGCUCGGCGACCUUGGUGCUGACGGAGUCACCGAGGGUGAUCUGGACGAGCGGCCGUGCAAGCGCGCCAGCGUCACGCCCGAGAGCACCUCCGGAUCGGGGUCGGGGUCUGGCUCUGGGUCGGACCGCAGCGACGUCAGCCAUGGCGGUGCCUUCGGGCUUGGCCAGGUUUACCGGCCGGUGGCGCGGGCCGGCGGGUUCGAGCCGGCGGACUGCGCCAUGAGCCAGCGACACGAGGAGGAGCAGGAGGACCCAUUCACGUCGCUCUCGCUCUCCCUCCCCGGCACAGAUGCCCAUGGGUUCCACCACGACAGCUCCCACAGCCAUUUCCACCAGCCGUCUCCCUCCCCGUCGCCGCCGCCCGCUACGGCGUCCACCACCCCGCCGCCGGCGUCGUCGUACCCGUUCUCCCCCGCUUUCGCCGCCGCGAUGCAGGAGAUGAUCCGUGACGAGGUGCGCAGGUACAUCUCCGGCGUCAGCUGCGGCUCCAACCUGCCGUCCAUGCCGCAACUGGUGGAUGGCGUGAUGCGUGCCGCAGCGGAGCGCGCCGGCGGGGUCUCGAGGAUGCGGUGACCGAUGAUCAAUCGAUUCGAUCGGGUCGAGUAAAUCGGCAGCAAUGCCUGGCUGGCUCGACUCGACCAAUCACUCUACGACAGCCGAGUCUGAGCUGAAUUUAGAAUUAGCAAUUGGAGAAAGAAGAACUAGGCAAAGCUGACGAUCUGCUUCUUUCUGUACAUACAAACAAAUGAAAUGGAAAGAAACUUGC